GGACUGCACAGCGACCACUCGAAGGAGUAACUCAGAACCCAAAGAAGAAGGAGGAGCAGGAGCCCUGUCAUGGCGGCCAAGGUGGCAAUAGUGGCCGUCCCGACGGUGCUGGGCUUAGCCUCCCUACGGGUGUAUACAAUCAGUGAAACCCCCACUGAUGGGCUCAUCACUCGAGAAAAGCUGAACAUCUACACCCCAGUGCCACACCCUGCCACAGCUCAUUUUAUUCCAGAGAGUCCAGGUGUUAUUCAGAGAGGGUUAACUACAGCAAGAGAAACCGUACAACCGUUUGUCCUGGCUGUUAAGGGUGCGUAUGUGUCUGUCAAAACAGGGAGUGUUAAUCUGUACCACGCAGGAGAGGAUGUAUAUUAUUACUUGAAAGACCCUCCCCCAGGGUUUCUUCCCAGAUUUGGAACCAUCACUAUGGCUGGCCUGCUCGGCAUGUUCUUGGCACGUAAAGGUUCUCGUUUUAAGAGGGUAGCUCUUCCAGUGGGUCUGAUGAGUGCAGGAGCUUCAGUGUGCUACCCGGCCCAAGCUGUGGCUGUACUAAAGGUGACAGGUAAGAAGGUGUAUGCUGCAGGGCAGUGGAGCGGUGCCACAGUGUCUUCACUGUUCACCUCAAAGCCCCAGGAGCCGGGUGCCAAAGACGACGCUGCUUCACAACCACAGGCAGCUGCAGUGCCAAUUCCAGAGUCUGUUGUAGUGAAUGAAGCUUCAGAGCCCAGCUCAGUUCAGAGCUCUUCAAUCCCUGAGACAGAGGUGAAAUCAGCUGAGUCUGUUCCUCUCUCUGAAGAGCCCAUUGUAGCUGUUGUAAAAGAGGAUGUGUCAUCAGUCACACUCACAGAGAUAUCUCCAGACCAGAUCCCUACAGAGGCCAAUACAGAUCCAGCGGUACAUUUAGUGCCAGCAGAGACAGAAACCAACACAGCCUCAGAGGAAAUAUCUGCACCUGUUGGAAGUGAGCCCUCUGGCACAAAAGUGGAAGCAGAGGAUUUAUCAACUGAUGUCAGUCCAGCAGAAGCACCACCUGUGGAGUCUGCUCCAGUCGAGUCUGCUCCGGUUGAGCCUACUCCAGUUGAAGCUGCCCCAGUUGAGCCUACUCCAGUUGAAGCUGCCCCAGUAGAGCCUGCUCCAGUUGAAGCUGCUCCAGUAGAGCCUGCUCCAGUUGAGCCUGCUCCAGUCGAGCCUACUCCAGUUGAAGCUGCUCCAGUAGCGCCUUCUCCAGUGGCGCCUGCUCCGGUUGAAGCUGCUCCAGUCGAGUCUGCUCCAGUUGAGCCUGCUCCAGUUGAAGCCGCCCCAGCUGAACCUGUUCUUUCUUCUGAAGAACUACCUGCUUCAAAGGCCUCAGAUGAACCUUUAGUGCCAGUUGCUGAAUCAGCCGACCCCAUACCUGCUGCUGUAGAAGAGAAACCAACACUAACAGAACCUGCUCCUGUGCAGCCCACAGAGGAAAGACCUGAAGGUGGCUCUGGUUUCAAGCCCGACCCUGCUCUGAUGGACUUUGGCCAAUCCAGCCCAGAGGAUGAAGACUUGUACAGCACACGCAGCUGAAAUACUACAACCAACCUCAAUGAGAGAUCUCAUUCCCACACUGCCAUCUUGUAACUCACUUUGAUACAAAAAGUCCUUCUCAUUGCAGCAUAAGUAGGCCAUUUUAAAAGCAAGCAGGCUCAGGAAGUCUUUCAUGAACAUUUCCGUUCUCAUUUCUUCUGCCCACAUUAUUCUAAUUUCCACAGAAAAGCUCCAGAACCGUUUUCCUCGUAGUGGAGAUGAAAUCAAUUCCAGUACACAAAAUGAAUCGGCUUGAGUAGAAGGACAGAAACUUGGAGAAGACAAUACUCCCACACCAAGCCUUUCACAGAUGGCAGAUUGUGAAACUCAUUCUCUGUACGUGUCAUUCACCAAUUACUGGAUUUUGUGCUGCAGCCUUUACUCUCAUGAAUGCAUGGUGCUUAUUUAUUGUGAUUUAGCCCACUGCAUAGUUAAGUUAAAGUAGAGCAGAUGUGCUGGUAAUGAUUACAAGAUGGGCCAACGAUGCUCCAUUUUGUUUCUUUAAAGAAGUUCCUCAAUCGUUUGAACCAAAAAAUAAAUUUAUAUUUUUCAUGA